CUCGCAGAAGAGAAACCUCCGGGCCCCAGGCGCUGGAGGCUCCCGGGCCCAGCCCUCCCCGGGCGGCGGAGAAGGCGGAGGCGGAGGCGGCCCGGUGACAGCGGCCAGAGGCUCCCGGCGCGGGACCCGCGGCUUCCUGCAGCUGCAGCGACGCCCGAGCCCAGAGAGCCCCCCACGCAUCCCCGCGGAGGAAGAGGAGAGUCUCUUUGCUGCGGCAGAUGUGUGUGGGGUCACCACACAGCUGGGACUAUGGUGAAAUUUCCAGCGCUCACUCACUACUGGCCCCUUAUCCGGUUCCUGGUACCUCUGGGCAUCACCAAUAUAGCCAUCGACUUCGGGGAGCAGGCCUUGAACCGAGGUAUUGCUGCUGUAAAGGAAGAUGCAGUCGAAAUGCUGGCCAGCUACGGACUGGCCUAUUCCCUGAUGAAAUUCUUCACAGGCCCCAUGAGUGACUUUAAGAAUGUGGGUCUGGUAUUUGUGAACAGCAAACGAGACAGGACCAAAGCUGUUCUGUGCAUGGUGGUGGCAGGUGCCAUAGCUGCUGUUUUUCACACUUUGAUAGCUUACAGUGACUUAGGCUACUACAUUAUUAAUAAACUGCACCAUGUGGAUGAAUCAGUGGGAAAUAAAACUCGAAGAGCUUUCCUUUAUCUUGCUGCCUUCCCUUUUAUGGAUGCAAUGGCAUGGACCCAUGCUGGCAUUCUCUUGAAACACAAAUAUAGUUUUCUGGUGGGAUGUGCCUCAAUUUCAGAUGUCAUAGCUCAGGUUGUUUUUGUAGCCAUUUUGCUUCAUAGUCACCUGGAAUGCAGAGAGCCUCUUCUCAUUCCAAUUCUUUCUUUGUACAUGGGAGCACUUGUCCGCUGUACCACACUCUGCCUGGGUUACUACAGGAACAUUCACGACAUCAUCCCAGAUAGCAGUGGACCUGAAGUAGGGGGAGAUGCUACAAUAAGGAAGAUGCUGAGCUUCUGGUGGCCUUUGGCUUUAAUUCUGGCAACUCAGCGAAUCAGUAGGCCCAUCGUCAACCUUUUUGUCUCCCGUGACCUUGGCGGCAGUUCUGCAGCCACUGAGGCGGUGGCAAUUCUGACAGCUACAUACCCUGUGGGUCACAUGCCAUAUGGUUGGCUGACUGAAAUUCGAGCCGUCUAUCCUGCUUUUGACAAGAAUAAUCCCAGCAAUAAACUGGUGAGCACUAGCAACACAGUGACGUCAACACAUAUAAAGAAAUUCACCUUUGUCUGCAUGGCGUUGUCCUUGACGCUCUGUUUUGUGAUGUUUUGGACCCCCAAUGUUUCAGAGAAGAUUUUGAUUGACAUCAUUGGAGUGGACUUUGCCUUUGCAGAACUCUGUGUUAUUCCUUUGCGCAUUUUCUCUUUCUUCCCAGUUCCAGUCACGGUGAGGGCACACUUGACUGGUUGGCUGAUGACACUGAAGAAGACAUUUGUAUUGGCUCCCAGCUCCGUGCUGCGCAUCAUUGUCCUCAUCACUAGUCUUGUCGUUCUGCCUUAUAUGGGGGUUCAUGGAGCUACUCUAGGAGUCGGGUCACUCCUAGCUGGUUUUGUGGGAGAAUCUACCAUGGUUGCAAUAGCAGCUUGCUAUGUCUAUAGAAAACAGAAAAAGAAGACUGAAAAUGAGUCAGCCACAGAAGGUGAAGACUCUGCCAUGACUGACAUGCCUCCAACAGAGGAAAUUACAGACAUCGUAGAAAUGAGAGAAGAGAAUGAAUAAAGACAUGGGAUGAUGUGACUGAUCACCACACCACAGAGACAGUUGGAAUAAUACUUCAGCAUCUUUCCUUCUUUCA